AUGGUUGCGCGAAACCGGGGGCGUGCGGGCGCCGCAGGCUCCGCGGGUAACGCGGGGAACAAUCAGCAGCAGAUAAGAUCUUCUCAGGAGAUUCCUCCUAGCAUCUUACGCUCCAUGAUGACGUCAGCGGCGGGGCUCGUCCCCCCGCCGCCGCAUUCGCCGGUUCCUGCUAACGCCACGCCCGCCUUAGAUCUGGCCAGCGCUAGUAACAUCUUCGCGCUCCUUAACCCGGAUCUAGCGGCGGCGCGGCUCGGGGGAAUGGUGCAAGCUGGUAACGGCGGUCGCGGCGGUACUGUCGGCGGCAUUAGCGGCGGCGUUAGCGGCGGUAUCCGCGGUAGCGGCGGUAGCGGGCCGGGGCAGAUUCUGGGCUCAGCAGGUGGUUCGCUUCCGGUGCCGGCGGCGGCAAGAGCAGCGCCGCAUUCGGCGCCGUCAGUUCCGCCGCCGCGCCCGCCCGCGGCGUAUCUUAUGGCUCAGCAGCUGCAGCGGCAGCAGCAGCAGCAGCAGCAGCAGCAGCAGCAGCAGCAGCAGCAGCAGCAGCAGCAGCAGCAGCAGCAGCAGCAGCAGCAGCAGCAGCAGCAGCAGCAGCAGCAGCAACAUCAACAGCAACAACAGCAGCAACAGCAGCAGCAGCAGCAUCAGCAACAGCAGCAGCAACAGCAGCAGUGGCAAUUAGGCAGUACAUUGGAUUCGCUCUGCCUACCUUUCCCAGGCACCAGCACAACAGCAGCAGCGAAUCUGACCAAUUUUGCCGCCCGCGCUGUUUACAGAACCCCUUCCGGCACGAGCAGCGGCACUAGAGGCGGCAAUGCGGUGCAAAUGAGCGGCAGUGCGGUGCAAAUGAGCAUAGAGGCUAUGAGUCUCAGUGCUGGCGAGUUGCCACCCAACACAGCAGCAGCAGCAGCAGCAGCAGCAGCUGCAGCAACAGCAGGAGCAGUGGUGUCAGCAGCAGCGCCAGGGGUCAUGGGACUCAGUUCGGGCGAGUUGCCUUCCAACACAGCAGCAGCAGGAGUGGUGUCAGCAGCAGAGGCAUCGGUGCCGGGGGUUCUGAGUCUGAGUGGGGGUGAGCUGCCGCCGAACCUGGCAGCAGCAGUGGAGGAAUUGCAGCGAGUUUUAGCGUCCUCCCAGCAGCAGCAGCAGCUGCUGGAUCGGCACUCCCAACAGUCACAGCAGCAGCAAAUGGAGCAGCAGCACACACAGCAGGGGCAGGGGGACAGACAGAGGGCAGCGCAGCAGGAGGGAGGGGAGGGUGGAGGGGGCAUGGGCGGUUUCGGUGUGAUUGUAAACGAGGAGGGUCUAUCGAAGGGCACGUGGUUACCAGAGGAGGAUCGGGUGCUAAUGGAGUAUGUGGAGUGUUACGGGGCCAAGAACUGGGGUAACCUGGUAACCAGAGGGCUGCUGAGACGCUCUGGGAAAAGUUGCAGGCUGCGAUGGGUGAACCAGCUGAAGCCGGGCCUGCAGAGGUACGGUGGCAAGGGCUGCAAGCGGUUCACAGAGCAGGAGUCCAACAUCGUACUCGCCCUACAG